CUCACACACACACAUACACACCUGGUUAUAUAGGUCCUCAUCAUGUAUAGGCCUUUUUGCCCUACCACUUUCCGAGAACAUUAACCCCAGCAUGAUUUCUCUCUCUUCUUCCAUUUAUAGGCCUUCCUUGUAUACGGCACGAACGACCCGACUCCGGGUCUCGGCCGUGCGGACAGCCACCAUGUACGAGACGCUGUCGGUGGCAGAGACGGCGGGGGCGGAGGAGAUCAAGGCGGCGUACCGGAGGCAGGCGAGGCGGUGGCACCCGGACGCGUGCCGCUCCUCGGGGGACGAGCGCCGCUACGCGGAGCGGUUCAUGCGGGCGCGCGAGGCCUACGAGGUGCUCUCCGACCCCGCCCACCGCCGCCACUACGACCUCGCCCUCUCGGCCGACCGCUGGACCGCCGCAGCGUUCCGCGCGGACGAAGCGGGGGGCCGAGCCCGGGCGCGGCGCGGCGGGGGCUUGAGCGACUGGGAGGCCCAGCUGGAGGGGCUGAGGCGGAGGUCGGCUGUGGCUGCGGCGGCGGCGGAUGCGGACGUCGGUGUGGAGGAGACGUGGGCCGGUCGGGUGCGGAGGGCCCGCACCGGGCCGGUCCGUCCAUCGGGUUUAUGAUCAAGAUGAACGUCUGGGAUCGAGUGAUCAGAAGCAUCAGCGUGAUGUAUCCUUUGAUUUGUGAUCAACAUGAAGGGCCGGGAUGGAGCGAUUAGAAUCGUCAGCGGAUGUACAUAGGGAGCCUCCGAGCGGAAGCUUUGGGUGAUCCAAAUAGGUGGAUAAGGUUUCAAAGAAUGUAUGUACAAAAAUAAUUAAGAAAAAAAAUCCUCAUCUUUGAAUGUA